UGAGCCGAGAACUAGCUGUCAAUUUAUUUGAAAUGUCAAAAUAAUCACGUAGUCCGUAGUGCUAUUUAUGUCAAAUGAAAAAUAUAUCAAUGUUUAUGAAAUCGAGGCCAAAAGCAAAAUUAGUCGUAAUUCAGCUGAAAAAAUAGUGAGGAUGUCUACAAAAGUGGUAGCAACAGCAGCUGUAAGGGCAGCAACACGAAAAUUAACUGCUUCAAGAGCCGCAUUAACGCUGACACCAGCAGCCGUGAAUCGAGUAAAACAGCUUUUAAGCGAUAAGCCUGAUGUUCUGGGCCUCAAAGUUGGUGUAAAGCAAAGAGGUUGCAAUGGACUCUCCUACACACUAGAAUAUGCAAAAUGCAAAGACAAAUUGGAUGAAGAGGUAAAGCAAGACGGGGCUGUCAUUUUAAUCGAUAAGAAGGCCCAGCUUUCACUCCUUGGUACAGAAAUGGAUUUCGUAGAAAACAAACUUUCAGCAGAAUUUGUCUUCAACAAUCCGAACAUAAAGGGAACAUGUGGGUGCGGGGAAUCGUUUUCACUAUGACCCCCCUCUGAAGAGCUGUGAGUUUGAACUCACUCCUAUGAGUUUAGUGCUUGGAUUGAGCUAAAUUUAAACUUAGUUACAUAUAGAAUGUUACCAAACCUGAUGAAAAUUUAUUAUUUUACCCUGUAAAGCUUUAGGAAUAAAUAAAUGCAAUUAAUGUAGAA